AUGAUCUCCUUCCAGCUUCCGCAGUCUCGGCGUGGUGGUCCCUUGGGCUUGACCCAGCAGGAAUCCUCUGGGAGGAUGGCCGCACCGCCAAGGACCCCGCUGCCUGUCAAGGAGGAGAUCGAGUACGCCUCUGUCUUCGACAGCGACGACUCAGACUCCGACGACGAAUCCGAAUCCAACUACCCGGCCGUGCUCACAUUCAUCCGACGAAGCAUCCCCCCGACGGCGGCAGCACGCAAGCAGAACGUGUCCAUGUUGACCAUCGGACUGAAACGCUAUGCCGCGAUCGCUAGCCGGCAUGUUCCCCCUCCCCAUGCCUUUGACGACUCCCAAGAUGCCGAAGGACACCGUUUCCAACAACUUGGCAACGGCAACCAACGUCAACGCAUCACCAGGCCGGUGCAACCCGCUACCAGAAUGAUCGAACGCGUGGAGCAGCCCGCCAUCACCACCACCACCACCAACCAGCAGCGGACCACAGCAGCGCAAGCACACCAUGCUCCGCCUCUGCUGGCCGCCCUGUUCUCCGCCUUCAAACAAGCCCUCCACACCACCACAUCAAAACUCCGGCGCUACCUCGACACAAUCCACCACGACCGCCAGCCAGCGCCAGCCCUCGACACCCUCGAGAUCCCCUACUCCCCCUUCUCCUCCUCCCCCUCGACCACCACCUCCUCCCUCUUCCUCACGCCAGACCCAGACCCGGACCCGCUGUUCCUCAACAAAGCCCAACCCAUCGGCAUCCCCCCGCGGCCCAAAGCGCGGAACGACCACGCGAACGAGCAGCAGCAGCAGCAGCAGCAGCAGGACAUACCCUUCCGCGAAGCCCACGCCAACGAGCAGGCGCAGCUCGCGCGCGCCGGCCCGCUUGCGGGCGCCUUCGGCGGCGGCGCUGUCCGCGAGGAGGAGGAGGAGAGGGUUGGCGCGUAUCUCGCGGCCGACACGGACUGGGUGUGCUGCGCGUGCAGCAGCGUCAACACCCGCUGGGAGUUUCUGUGCUGGCGGUGCCGGGAGCACUCGAAGAGGGGGUGCUGUGUGCCGGCGGUGGAAGAGGUGGAUGGGCCUGCUGGCUGGGGCGUUGCGGGGCGGUGGUGA